GAGGGAUGUAAAGAAGACUGGCAAGGGCACGGACAUGUCCUUCCAGCUGCGAGGACGACAUGAGAAAACCCUGCUCCUCAUCCUUUAUCUCCAGCUGUGCUCCGGGCCGAUGGGUGAAGCGAUUCAUCCAGACUGUGCCAUCAUCUCUCAACACCUGAAGGCUCGAGAGAUGUGUAGUCAAACCAGGGAAGACGAGGCGCAAAACCAGAGCGAGCACAGCGGAUGUAAAACAGAGUGGGAUGAAAUUGGAUGCUGGUUGAGGGCUGAAGUCGGCCAGGUGGUCAAUGUAUCCUGCUCCGAAGUCUUCCAGCAUUUUUCCAGCAAUCAAGGGUAUGUAUACAGGAACUGCAAUGUUGACGGGUGGUCUGACAUGUAUCCACCCUAUGAGGAGGCUUGUGUUUUCAGUGAUGACGGCGAGCCGGAAUCUGAGACGAGUUACCUCUACACAUUCAGACAGGUUUACACUGUGGGCUAUGCCACCUCGCUCAUCUCCCUCAUUACAGCCAUCGCGGUGUUUGCAGCCUUCAGGAAGUUCCACUGUACCAGAAACUACAUCCACAUCAACCUGUUCUCCUCAUUCGUCCUGAGAGCCAGCGCUGUGUUCAUCAAAGACACGGUUCUGUUUGCUGAUGAGACGUUGGAUCACUGCUCCAUGUCAACGGCAGCAUGCAAGUCGGCCGUGGCUUUCUUCCAGUUCAGCAUCCUGGCCAAUUACUUCUGGUUGCUGGUGGAGGGCAUGUAUCUGCAGACCCUUCUGGCCCUCACCUUUGUCUCUCAGAGGAAAUACUUCUGGUGGUACAUCCUGAUUGGAUGGGGACUUCCAUCCACGGUUCUCAUACUUUGGGUUCUGACCAGAUUCUUCUAUGAUGACAGAGGUUGCUGGGAUGACACAGACAAUGUUGGGAUCUGGUGGAUCAUUAAAGGACCAAUAACAGCAACGCUGCUGGUCAACAUCAUCAUCUUCAUUAACGUCAUCCGGAUUCUGGUUCAAAAGCUUAAAUCUUCAGCCAUGACGGGGAACAAUGACACUGGACAUUACAUGAGGCUGGCUAAAUCCACUCUGUUCCUCAUUCCUCUGUUUGGGAUGCACUACACUGUAUUUGCCUUCCUGCCAGAGAGCACGGGAGUAGCAGCGAGACUCUACAUCGAACUGGGUCUGGGAUCCUUUCAGGGCUUUGUGGUGGCACUCCUUUACUGUUUCAUGAAUGCAGAGGUCCAAACAGAGCUACGGAAGUGGCUGUGGAGAUGCCACAAUCCAAAUCAUCUCACGCCAGCCAAGAGAAGUAUCAAUCAGAUCACAAUUCGAACCCGUGGGGGACUAGGACUACCUCCUUCCAGCGCCACCAUCUCUUCAGUGUGAUUUCAGAGAUCGUCCUGCCUGAAUGCUGAGGAACGGCAGCAAUCCUCCACUGAACAUAAAGAUGACAUUGACUCAACAACUCUUCUAUGAGAACCUCAGACCACAAUGAACAUUGGUAUGAGAUCAAGGAAAGACGUCAGGAUUCUUUAUUUCAGUUCCAGCGACUGUUGUGACAAGUACAUAAAGAUGGUACAGCACAAAUUUCUAAUCCCGACGGUGUGCUCUCUCAUGUAUCAAUUGUGGUUAAUUUGUUCAGACAUUAUGGUGCCAAUGUGAAAGAAGAACAAACAGUAGAGACAGAACUGGCCCUAAGCUUGGACAAGGAUGAUUUCAGAAGGUUGUUUACAAUUUUCACGAGAUGAGAAGAAAAUUCCGCAAAUACUGAGAUAUUUUGGGGAGACAAUUGA